GGCAAUUCGAGUUAUUUACUCGAGUCCACCAUCACUUUGUGAGCGUCGCUUUGUUUUUUUUUGGACGAAUACUGUGGUGGGCGCUCGUAUCAUAAAAUUAAACCGUGUGUAAUUGUUUUGCAUCGAAUUAAUUGUGUUUGAAAGAUGGCUGACAAAAAGGACGGUGCUGAGCCAGAGGGAGAGGAAGAGUUUUCUGUAGAAAAAGUCUUAGAUCGUCGUGUGAGAAAUGGAAAGGUGGAAUACUUUUUAAAAUGGAAAGGUUAUAAUGAUGAAGACAAUACUUGGGAGCCGGAGGAAAAUCUUGACUGUCCUGACCUCAUAUCAGCCUUUGAAGAGGCAAGGAAAAAAAAAGAAGCUGAGGGCAAAGGAAACAAAAUAGAUAAGGACCCCAAAAAGAGAAAAUCAUCUGCCGCAACACCCGACUUGAAAGGUGCAAAGAAAAGUAAAAGUGAUGACAAAAAAACCUCUGGUUUUGAUAGAGGACUGGAGCCUGAGAAAAUUAUUGGUGCAACAGAUAGCAGCGGUGAGCUGAUGUUCUUAAUGAAGUGGCAAGGAACUGACGAGGCAGACCUUGUACCAGCCAAGCAGGCAAAUGUGCGAUGUCCCCAAGUUGUAAUACAGUUCUACGAAGAAAGGUUGACGUGGCACACACCAGCUGCAGAUGAAGGCGCUGCUGAAGAUUAGGUCCUGUGAAGACAAUGACAGCAUCAUCAAUCAUUCAUGAUUUGACAAAGAAGAUUCUUUUAUUUUGAUCGGUUUAAUUUCUUUCAAUAACAAGAGUUAGAGUUGAGUUGUAUUUACAUAUUAAAGAAGAAGAAGAUGGAUAUUUUAAUAUGCGGAUUAUAAUUUUUUAAUAUUAUAAUAUUACAUCUAUGUUCUAUUUUUUGGACGUCAUUGUAAUAUGCUGAUCGUACAUUUGCGGGAAAUGCGCCGCAUGCCAUGACAUGCAUAAAGCGACCACAGGAUGGGUCAUUCCAAAUAAAAAUGCAGAUGCAACUCGUUUUGCUUACAGCUGUCUGUAGCUGUAUUCCAUGUUAGCCCGCUUCCAUCUUCACAUAACACUAGGUGAGAUCGCAGUCAAGUCGCUAACUUGUAACGGAAUAAAAAAAAAAAUGACGUUUACUAUCAUACGAUAGGUACUAAUUUAGUUCAAUUCAAAGCAAUGCCUAAGAUUCCUUUCUAUGUAAUAGAGUACCAAUACAUUAAUUUCACUACAUUUAUUUACUUUGUUACCCAAAACAGGAUUUUGUAAAUUGAUGAAAUAUAAAAUUUUAAAAUAUGACAAUGGAUGUGACGUCACCGUCAUUUAGGUGUGAGACGCGAGUGUGUGAGGGAGCUGGAAGACAACCAGAUGUUCCCACCUCCUCUUUUCCCCAUGCCUUGAUUUAAUACAAUACUUAAUUGCCUCAUUUUAGGAUUUAAGAAAAGUACGCCACGUAAGAUAUGUAAUUACUAAUUACAUACAAAAUCUGACAACUUUACAGGAAAACCAAAAAAAAAAAAUAUACUAACUUUAAAACUCACCUUAUUUAGAUAAUGUUAAAGUACGAAUCGCCGAAAUGGUUAGUAUAUUUAUGUAGUGUAGAAAUGUAUGUACUGUAUCAUGUAUGUAUAAUAUCAUAGCUAUUUUGAUAAAUCAAUAUGAAAUAUAUUAUUAUUUUUCUAUUCUCUUUAGUCUUACCUAUAAUAACAUGUAAUAUGGCAUCAUGGUUCAUCGAACCUGCGGUAUUCCUUCCGCACGCCGAAUAAUUGUAUUCGAAUGAGUCAUAUUUACUCAAAUUAAAAAAUACGACUGCCCUGCCAAAAAGAAAAAAUCACAUUUGAAAAUGGAGCCAUACGGCUGCCAUAUUGAUUAAAAAAGUGGAAUAGAAAGAAAGUCACAUAAACCCCUGAGAACAUUACACUCCUUUUUUUGGACAGUCCUGUAAAAGAUCAUUGCAUGCGGCGCGGGCGGCGCGGACUAAUAUACAAUCAGCUUAAUCAGGUUCUUAUUUUCAUUGACUAGGUACCUAUGUAAAGAAUGUAUUUUUUUUUAAAUGGUAUUGAUAUCCACCAAAACGGAGAUUAGAGGAAAGAUGUUUCGUGAAUAACCAAUAGGAUAUCGUUAUUCCCACAUAUUCCCUCUGUUUAGUCUUUUCAUUGGACGAAGUUCAAACGAACUUCGCUCGUCUCCGUUUUGAUAGAUACCAAGCAUAAGGCUCCUUUCAAAUUGAAUCGGAGCGAUACGUUGCGCGUCAAAAUGAAUACAAUUUCAUGCGUUCGGGUGCGCGUCACGCGCAAUGUUUAUCGAUUUGUGACACAAAUA